AGGAGGAGGGGGUUAGUGUCUGUCUGCGUUAGGGAUUUCACUGCCAGACGUGGAGGAACAGAGGGCGAAGGGAAGGCAAGACUGCAGCCAAAGAUGAGCUAGUAUGAGACGGAUUAUCGACCUAUGCUCAUUCAUUUGUGCUUGAAAAGCACUAUUAAUCGAAGACAAAAUUCAUCGUUAGUCUGAACGCUAGAGGUGUAAUGGGAGCAGUGCAGCGGUUUUGGAGAAAAGGACACCGUGAAUUGAACGCAAUGCAUACAUACUGAUACGAGUAAAGACAAGGACAUUUCUCUUCUUAUCUGUGUGUGGGCGGCGGGAUCGCAUGUGCAAGAUAAACGCGCAGACGGGGUUGUGUGCAGUGUUCGGCGUAUUCUGGGGUGCGCGCGCAGGAAACGGACACGCGCAAACCUCGACAACUUGGAGAUAUGGGAGACCGUGAGUGACGGCUCCUUGCUUGCAUAUGUGCGUGACUAAGACAGACAGACACAGAGAGAGAGAGGGUGGAAAGGAGGAGUGACUGUGACAUUGUGCGUGAGAAAAAGAGGGCGAGCGAGAGUCUGCCGGGAGUGCGCAACGGCGACAGAGUUGAAUCAGUAGAGAGGACACGCCGCGAGUGAGAUGCCAGGAGACAUCAGCCGCCACAACAACGCAGCACGAGUGUGCAGUGCAAAGGAACACUAACCCGGUAUUGGAUCGCUCCUAUCCGGAACGAACGAACGAGCGUGAACACUUGGACGUAUAACCGGUACCACGAGACCUCUUCUCAUUUGAAGGCUGAUUAUUCCCUUGCUGACGUUAUUCACGAGUUCUUCCGAGCAAAGGCACCAUCUGGCUUGAAUGAGACAAGGUCAGGGGCUGUUGACAGUGGCGUUUACAUUGGAGCUGCCAGGGAAAUACGUGGAUCUGAAGCUAAUUUGGGAUACGAUGCAUAUCUGAAGACGGUCUGACACCAGAUAAAUGUGAACUUCCACCUUUCAAAUAUGUAAUGGUCACAAGUCAAUAUUUUUCAGCCCAUAUACUUUCCAGUUUUCUAUAUAUACUUUAAGUAAAGGAUGAUGAGCUCUCAACCAUCCUUGAAAGGGACGUAUAACAGCCAAGUUCAUUCUACAGAGGCUAUGAACAAACCUGCCAAAGACAGGCUUGAGGAAGGACCAAUUAAAAAAAGGCCACUGCUACACCUGAAUAACCGAACUGUUGAUGGGACUUCAAAAAGCAUAAAGGUCAAAAAAGAAAACAUGUAUGAAUCAUCACCUGCUGAAUUCAGUGACUUGGAAAAACAGAGAAAACAGAACACUGCACCAAUGGGGAAGGCCCUGGACAUAACUCCUGGCCUAAAACACACUUUGGCCCAAUUUCAUCUUAGUAGUCAGAGUUCUCUUGGUGGACCUGCUGCUUUUUCAGCUCGAAACAACCAAGAAUGUAUGUCUCCCAGCAUCUACCUGUCCCAUUCAUCACCUACGGUCCAAUCGGGCCCUCUGCUUAUUCCUCCAGACAGCUCAACUGAACUGACUUACUCUCUUUUGGAAGGAGAGUACAUCUCAUGUUUCAUGGUGGGUGGUGAGAAAAGACUCUGCUUGCCCCAAGUCCUUAAUUCGGUUCUGCGUGAUUUUUCUCUUCAGCAGAUUAACACAGUUUGUGAUGAAUUGUACAUCUAUUGCUCAAGAUGUAAUGCUGAUCAGCUUCACAUUUUGAAAGUACUGGGUAUUUUGCCAAUCAAUGCCCCUUCCUGUGGGUUGAUUACACUGACAGAUGCUCAAAGACUUUGCAAUGCUUUGCUGCGUCCAGGCUUUACCCUACAGAAUGCCAGUAAAAUAGCCGGAGAGGGUGUUUUGGCUCAUCACAAAGACACAGAAUCAACAUUUGAGGUAGAGCAUGAGUGUCUUGGUAGAUGCCAAGGUUUCUUUUUUAUACAAAUAUACACACAGCCUGAAGCAGCUUGCAUUCAGUGUGCAGAAUGCCAGAUGAUGUUUUCACCCCAGAAAUUUGUAAUGCAUUCCCACAAAUCCCCAGACAAGAGAACGUGUCACUGGGGUUUUGAAUCUGUAAAGUGGCGUUGUUACCUUCAGCUUGCCAAAAAGUAUUAUGGGACCCCAAAGGAGAGAUGGCUUAAACAACUGCUUGAUGAAAUCAAGGAGAAGUUCAGCAUUCAACAGAAAGAGCAGUUUGAAAAGGAGGACAGUUUUGAAAAUUUUCAUCUGAAACGGUCACGAUAUGAGGCAUUUCUUCCGCAGGAAAAGCUUCCUGAGAGCGAACCUAUGAAAAAGAAAUUAUGCCUGGAGCAAUGCUUUCUUGAUGUCAAGCAGGACCCAGCUUCGGUUUCUCUUGGUAAUUCAAGCUGUUAUCUUUACAUGUGUGAUAAAAUUGUGGCCCCGAAUGUCUCACUUACUUCAUUAUUGCCAUCCAGUCAAGAGUCAACUAAGCUGCAUGGGGACAACAUUGAGGAGACUAAAGGACGUCCACUAGAAAAUCUAGUAAAACAUCAUUCUAGUGAUACACAAAAGGAAACUUCUUUCUUCUCAGAGUGCUUAGAGAAUCAAGCAGACAAUGGUGAAUCUGUGACAGAGUUAGCUGGCCGGCCUGAGCACCACACUACAAGCUGUUCUGCAGACCAAGUGAAAUCUGAACAUGGAAGCAAGCAUGGCCCCAUAGCUGUUGCUAUGGAAACAGACCGGAGUGAGAACGCCUACUUGCCUUUCAUUAAAGACAUCACUGUGGAGGAUGACAAGGACAAAAUCGUGGUGGAAAUUCUGCAGAUGUAUACCAAACAGCAGGAGCGGCUCAGUGCAACUCUUCAAAGAAAAAUGGAAUUGCAAAUGGAUCUGGAUAUUUUGCGUAAUGCUCGAACGACAGUGUUGACGGAGUUAUCUGUGGAAAACAGUGAGCUGCAGAAGGAGCUGGAUUCUAUUCAAAAGGAACAUGCAUGCCAGAUGGAGGAGGUCAGAGAAGAACAGCGGGAGCUGGAACGUCGACUAGAGCAGCUUAGGCGUCAGAGCUGUUCUUGUUUCUCAUUCAGAGACAGAGGCCGUGAAAAGGAGUAUGCAGCACAGAUUGCAGACCUCAAGAAGAGACUGGCUCACACAGAAGCUGAACGAGAGGAGCUACAAGAAGAACUGCAGCGGGAAAGAAAGGCUAGGGAAAUGCUGGAAAGGAUGAUCACAGAAUUAAAGCAGCAAGUCUGUUGCUCAGCCACUGACAAACAGAGCGAUGCAAAAGUGACUUCCAUGAAAUUGACUGACAGUGCAGGAGAAUCAAAGUAGAAACUCAAACAUACAAACAAACCUCAUCAUCUUUAGGAAAAUAAGACUAAUGAAAAAAAAUUCAAGGAUAUUAAUUCAAAAGUGAAAGGUCAUUUCCUGUUUGAUAUCUGAAUUUUGUUUUUCAAACUUUUUUUUUUUUGUUUUUGCCUUUUAAAAGGUUGAUUAUUUCUGUAUUUUGUGUUUUCUGCUAUUUUGAGGAAUAGUGUGCAGCUAAUACAACAGCACGGACAUUACACUAUGGUCCUCAUUUAGCCAAGAAGUUCAAAGUUAUUGGAUUCUUUUCAAGUUUGUGAAGAAGUGUAGUAUGGAGGAUUAUGAUUGGCUCUUGUCUGGUGAACAAAGUUAAAGGUACAAUUGACAAAUUAUAUAUAUGUAUAUAUAUAAGGCUGUUAUGAAAGGAAGGACGGAAACACAUUGUGCAAAUAUUCCAUUUUUACUACCUGAAAUGUUGGUGUGGUUGAGUGAGUGAAUGGUUGUGAUCAGUCCUUUUUCAAAGGACCCUGUAAAUACCAUAGAGGCUGUUACUAAAUCUCAUUGAUUGCUAAGAAAGCACACCAGGUUUUAUUUUAUAUAAGUUUACAGUUUGUGCUCUAGCACUCCGCCUCAUACCUUCUAUAGUUUUUUCAAAAAAGUACAAGAAUAACACUUGAAGGCUUUGUGAAAUAACUCAAUUUAUUUUUGUAUAGUGCUUUUGAUUAAGUACAGGCUCAGAGCGAUUGCAGAUAUUUACGAUAUUGUAUUAGCAGUAAAUUACAAACCAUACAUUUACAAACAUAAACACACAAAUAUAUUUAAAUACACUAUAAAACAUAGCAAAUUCAGCAUGAACAUAUAUUUUAUAAAGUCUAUUAACAUUAUUAUAGGGAGAUGCAUUAUAAAGCCUUGGGAUUAUCUUUACCAGCCAUUUCCAAAUCACAUUACAAACUUCCAAUUUGUUUCUUUCAGUCAAGUAUUAACUUGAUACCAGAUUUUGAAAACACGUUUUACUGUCCUAAAGCACAUAAAGUACCUGUGACUUGUCCUGGCGCGUGGCUUCUUACAUUAUACUUGUGUUAGUGUAACAUUAUGAAGAUUUAUGAUAUACUCAUAUGUCAUGUAUGGUUCCACUCAAAACAUUAAUGGUUUUAGGCAACUAAAUUGAGCGUUUUCAAAGUUUUGCAGCAGUAGUUUUUCCAUUUCAAUCGUGGGAGUCCGCUUUAUGGCUACAGAUUUUUAUUCCAUCCAAUUUCACAAUAGGUGACUUGUGCUUACUUUGAAUUUUUCACCGUUUGUAUUUACCUGGCCAACAGGUAUUUUUAAGAAGUUCAUAAAUAUUAGCAAUUGUUGCCAUAGCUUUAAAGUUAUAUAUUUCAUUCAUUUAUCUUUUUUCUGUAGAUCUUGCUCCUGUAAUUGUAUCUUAAUGCAGAUGAGUAGCAAAGGACAGCGCAGACACAGUUCCAAGGAAUGUUGGAUACUAAACAUUUCUUAGAAGUGAGCAGCCAAGCAAAUAUGGCACUGAAGUACUUGCUUCUCUUUAGUAUUCAGUGUUGUCAGCAUUUAGAUACAAGUACUUGAGCAAACUCUAUAGAAAAGAGUGACUUUAAAAAUGUUUUUGAAAAAAUACAGAUAUUUCGGAAUUUCUUUGGUACGACAAUAAAGAAGGGGCAACCCUGUAAAAAAAUGCAUCAAUUAAAAGUAAAAAUGGCGCACUAGUUGGAGGAAAAAAAACUGAAAACCUGCGGCUACAGGGUGCCCCAGGACUGAACUUGAAAGCCACUGUUUUAGAUGAUUCAUAACAAAUGCUUAAUACCAUUUGCUUAAAGUACUGCGUCACACUAUUUGCUAGUUGUUAAAUUAUUUUGUAGUGACUCACAUUAACUGUUUUGGUUAUUUGUAAAAACUGGUCAACAGACCUUUUCAGUGUAAACUACUGUAUGUAAGCUCCUUCCAAGCUACACUGCACUUGAAGUACAGUUGCUUAAUUAUCUUUUGCAGUGGAAGCAUUACCAGGUUAUAUGAUUUGGUUAGUGAGUUAAUGGCGAGGGAUUAAACCCAAGAGCCGUCUGUCUGCUUUGGAAUCAGGUUCCUUAUCUGCUAGGUCACACUCUCUGACAGAAGGUCUUUAGAUCAGACGUGGGAUUUGAAAUCCUAAGCUUCAGGCUGCUGACACACUUUUUAAACGUGAACAUGUCUCUUAACCUGGGCCAGGAUUGCACAAAUGCAAUACUCUGCAAUGCACUGCUAUGCAGGUAAAGCUGUUUUCAAGUUUUCUUCAGUAGAUAUAUAAAGGUUAGCCAAACCUUGGUUGUUUGAUGUUUUCCUUCCCAAACUAAGAGAAAUAAAUAGAAUUGGCACUUUAAACCAGAAGGACAGGCAGUUGGAAAUUCAUUUGGUCCUGUAAAACAAACCUUGUUGAUGACCAUCAUUAUAUUUCACAUUACAUUUCUAUGUUGUGCUUCUUUGCCAAUCACUUAGGACUCGCCUCUCAAAGCAGACAGCCUUGCAGGUGCAGUAAUAAGGCCUUAUUCCAUUCUGCCAAACUGAAACACAGAAAGCCAUUUCUGGAAACGUAAAACCAUAGAAGCAUAUUGCAUAGACUAUGUUUGGUUUUUUAAUUUGUUCCUUCUCUUCUUUUAUGAAGCAUGAAAUUGGUGCUCUGCAGUUCUUUUCAGUAUGUGUUUUGUUAACAUGAGGCUGAGUUUUUGAAUGCAGGGUGGAAGGGAGAGGUUUGAGGACGCUAAGAGUCAAUAAAUACUGAAAGAAACAUUUCUGGAUGGCAAGUAAGACCACCUUAUCUUUCGGACUUUGACAUUCUCACAACUAAUCCUGUUAUUUCAGUUUGAAUUCCUUCUUUGAAUGCCGUAUACUAGUGCAUCUCUAAUAAUCUUAAGCACAGCAUUAGGCAACCACUCCUUCAAAGUAAAAUACGUACCUGGCUAAAUAAAUAAUUAUGGUCUUUUUCAUCGGCUUUCAUUUUUAUAUUUCAGUUCUGGCAAGGUGAUACCUGCAGACAGACUUACUGAACAUAGGACCUUUAGCCAAUUUAAGAGAUGAUUAACAUUACUUUUGUAGAUACCAAGUUGGUUAUAUGAAAAUUAUUUGUGCCAAUCUAUUCAAAAGCUUAUAUGUAUAUAAGUAUAUGCUAGUUAAGAUUAUGAUUUUAAAGCGACCAUCUAUUAAAAGAAUAUUGUGCAAAGUUAGAAAUGUGUUUUCAAAUUGCAUAGCCAAAGGUUUUUAUGAAAUGCUUAUGUUAGGUGGACGUUUAUUUAUUUAAUUUUAAUUAAUGUAUGCGUAAUCCUGAACAGUUCCUCAGCAAUGGCAAAUGUGGAUCUCACAAAGCCCCAGAAGAAUUCCAGAAAGAAGUGUAGACUUUGGCUGUUGUGCAGCAAACUCUCAUUUUUAUCUCAUGCAAGGAAAAUGACAGGUCCAAAGGCGAUUCCAGCAUCAGGCAGCUGUGAGUUUUCUGUCCAUUUUUAGGUUUCUUCCAUUUUCCUCACUUCACUUCACACUUGAUCUAUUUUUAAUUUGUUGUUUGUACCAUUUUUAACAGUUUUGCUGCAAUAAAUAUCUUUCAGUUUUUAGUUAGUGUUAUGUUAUUGAAUCCAGUGUUUAAUUUCUGAAGGGUGUGAGAUGGUUUUUAAUCUUGAAAGUGUGCUAGUUACUUUUUUUGUUCCUUAUUAUUCUUCAAGGAAAGUUUUGUGCACUCUAGGAGUGUGACGACAAUAGAAAAGCAUUUGGUCAAUCAAAGAGCAAGUAAUUUGGCUUCUUCAUGGUGUAACUAUUUUGUGUUGUCUAAAAAUGUUAGUUGAUUCAAAAAUGUGCAAGUUUGGUCAGCGUUUUACCCAAAACACUAAAGACAGAGCUAUGUGAGGUACCUUUAGAGUUUGCUUGUGUUUUUCCUCAAAACACCCCCCUGGUAAACGGAAUUUAGGAUUUUUAAACCAUAUUUGAUGCAUAUUUAUAUUAGUACAUUAGCAGCAGCCUCACCCAAAUACUGGGACUGGAGAUGUAAAGCUGAGCUAACGUUAAACUGGCUGUAGAUAAGGUGUGAAAACAGCAGAGGAUGCUGUCAAGCUGACAUCCUCUCGCUUUGAAGACCUCGGGCAUGAGACCAUGAAAUUCUCCAUACCAUUUGGUGACUCUCAUAUCUUUCCAAACAUUUCAGAUUUUAUUCAGUUAUCAGAUGCAAUUAUGGAUACAUGUUUGUAACCAACAGGAGAGCGUACUGCCAUAACACUCUCAUAGUUUGGUUUAUAUUCAAAUUAUAUACCAAACUAAAAUAAGCCAUUGCCUUUCCAGCACUUAAAAUGUCAUACAUUUUUUCCCCACAAUGAAUAUGGCAUUAUCUUAGCAAAUGCUGCACUUGUGUGUUUGUGUGUGUGAGUGCGUGUGUGUGUUUAUAUGUGUAUAUACACUUGUCUGUGCAUUGGUAAAUAAAGCAAUGACCUGGUAUAGCGGUUUUUAAAUGGAACUAUGUGACAGAUUGUAACAGAAAUAAGUGAAUGCAAAAAUGUCCUUAUUAUUAUUAUUAUUAUGAUUAUUAUUAUUUAUUGAUACCUUCUGUAAAAGAAAAAAAUGCAAAAGUUAUUUUUUUUAAAACCAGUUCUAAUGUGAAUGACAGUGAUAAGCAGUGUUAUGCCUUGCCUGGUAAUGAAUUACCUCCGAACAGUCCCAAGUCGGCGGGCUGACAGUUUCUGUAUACAAGUGACUUGCUGUGGACACUAGAGGGUGCUGUAAAUCUACCUUCUUAGCUUUAGUUCUACGAGAUGUUGCUGUCCUCUGACUAGUAAGAGUCAGUCCAUUGAACAAAGCACACACAGAGAGGGAGAGCCAGGGCGUCGAGGGGGCUGCGGUGGGCCAUCAUCGACCUGUACAGACAUUACUGGAUGAUGUGAAGCUCUUGUGGAUGUUACUGUUCAAUUGCUCCAAGCUUUCCUGUAUUGCAAAGUGUGAAUUUUUGCCCUUAACAACGUAUGAAUGUAAAAAAGUUUUAUAUUAAAAAAUAACACACUGGUAAAACAAACAGCAUUUUUAUCAUUAUUAUUUUUUAUGAAUGCAGUUAUUCCUAACAAUGUAUGGCUGCUAAUUUUAUUUUCACUUGCCAUAUUCACAUAGUUUUUAUUUGGGUAUGUUUAAAAAUAUUUUUCUUUUGAAUUAUUGUAGUCUCAUUAGCAGUUCACUUGCUGAUGAAUAAAAUAGAAUACAUUUGACAGUUUAAGACUGAAUCCUGGCUAUAUAGGUGUGUGUAUGUGAAGCAUAUACAUAUACUGUGUAUAUAUACACAUACACAUAACCCUGGUGAUGAAUGACAUAUUUAUAUUAUAUAUGUUUGUAUUUACAAUAUAAAUAAAAAUCAAACCUGCAGUUCAGACUCUUGGGGCCAAUAUACAGCAGUUUUAUACCCAUUUUAAAAAGACCACCAUCUACUGAACUUUCUAAAAGCACUCAUUCAUUCUUUGAUACUCUAAAUACAACAAAUUCCUUUGUGAAUCUGCUUACUCAAUACAUGGAUGGUUGGAGUAAUUCAAAAUAGAGACUAACAUUGGAAAAAUCAAAAGUUGGUUUGAUUUGCUCUGUAUUGCUAUGGCUUUGUAAAUGCAAACCCCUUUUUUGUAUUUGCUGUUUCAAUUCCAAGCAGUGUCUGUAAAUGAUCCUCGCCUACAAUUCUAGUACUGUAUGUUGCCAAUUCCGUACAGUGUGAUUUAAAAAAAAAAAAA